AUUUGGUUUUCCUUACAUUCGAACAGAGUGCACGCAGACAAUGACAGCACUGAAUGGCACUUUCCACAGUCCAUACUAUCCACAAAACUAUAACAACAAGGCCUGGUGCAAGUGGCAUAUUGAAGUCCCUUGGAAUUACGCUAUUCUGAUCACUUUUGAUGACGUCAGUUUAGAGUGGAUUUGCUAUUGUUGUGACUUUGUCAACGUGUGGGAAACAUUAAUGAACGGAACAACAACUUUGAUUGGUUCAGUCUGCGACAUGACAACGCCUCAAUUAAAUUCCACUGGUAACAAUGUUACAGUUAUUUUUCGAUCAGAUGAUACUCUGUCAGGCAAAGGAUUUCGUGCCAGGUACCAAGCUAUAAAGAUUAGGGCAGCCAAAACAACUACUAGCACAACCCCUGCCUCAACUCAGACAAACAUGGUCAAAGACAAAGUAACUACGACGUCAUCAAGCGUAGAGACCACUCAAGAGAUAUCUUCUACUAGAGAGAGCAAACUCAGCUCUCCAGAUAAAACAGAUCACACCUCCAUGACAAGAGGAGAAGGUUUGUCUGACACAUUGGACGAUGGAAGAGAGUCUGAGUCAAACACCUCCCUAAUUGCUGGAUUGACUGCAGCUUUGGUAGUAAUUUGUGCGAUACUCGCAAUAACUUUGUUUUGUUUUCACAAAAAGCGGCGUAGUAGGGAAAAUCAAAACAACCGGAACACACCUGCAGUGAGCUUUCAACCGGACGAGAAAGCAGUCUCCAUUUACGCCACCCCCACGGAUGAGUGUAACACGAGUUCUGGCUGUGAUGAAGAAGAAAAUGAUAAUCGUUACACAUAUGUCAACCCGCCUGGAAUCGAUGAAACAGUGAAGGAAAGCGACAACCCAUUGUACGAAAGUGCUGAAAGCGGGAAGACAGCUGAUGCAGGAAUGUAUGAAAGGUAG